UGUAUGAGGUAUGCUAAUUUGUUUUAUCAUUCGAGUGUGGAAUGGCAAUAAAAUCUCAAAAAGAAUUUGAAAUCGAGUUAGCUGAACAAGAAGAACAAAUAAAAAAAGAGCUAGAAGCAGGGUUAUGGCAGUUACAGUCUGAUCUUGCCACUAAAAAUGAAAGUACUGACAAAGAAUUAGCAAAAAAAGCUGAAGAACAAGAAAGUUUAAUUUCCAAAGAAAGAGAGAAGAUGGAGCAGAAGCUGGCAGCAGAAGAAACAUGUGCAAGUGAAGAAGCAAUCAGAAAAGAAGCAAAUACAAAAGAGUUGUCUGAGACUUUGCAAAAAUUGGAGUCUGAGCAUACAGCCAGUUUGCAAAAGAUAAAGUCAGAUUUGAAGGCUAAUGUAGCUAUACUUCAAAAGGAAACCAGUGAUAAAACUAUAGAAGUCAAGGAAGCAAUUGAAAGGGAAUCUCAAAUGCUUGGGAAAGAAAAAGCAGAACAAUUGAGUGUGUUAUCUGAUAUUCAAAAGAAGGAGACAAAGGAAAUUGAUGAUUUGAUGAAAGAAUUGAAGGACGAUGUUAACUACAUGAGUAAAAAAGUAAUAGAAAAAACUGAGCAAGAGAUACAAGAUAUGAAAAAUAAUGCAAAAAUAUUUGAAAAAGAAAUAAAUGAAUUGGUCCAGGAUCAAGAAAAAUAUAAAUCUAGCAUGAUAAGAGGUGAUAUUUUGCACAUCUGUGCUCGUUCUUUAUUAGUGAUCAUCAUGGCAUCAAACAAAGAAUUUGAGAAGGAACUUUACUGGCAGAGACUACUAUUGCAAACUAAGCUUGAGGCUGAACAGACUGAGUUUCAAAGGAAGAUUACAGCUGAAAGUGAAGCCAGUUUUAAUGAUUUAGUUCAGAAAUAUGAACAUACGGAAUAUGAAAUGAAGCAAAAGCUUGCUAAGGAAGAAAAGGAAAUGAAACUAGAGAGAGAAAAAGAACUGGAGCGAAUUAAAGCUGAAAGAAAGGAAAGGAUGAGGAUAAUUGAAGCUGAAAAACAGGAAGAAGAAGAAAAAAUGGAAGACGAGAAAAGAAAGUUUGAGAUUGAAAUUGCACAAAGAAAAUCUAGACAAAUGGAAGAAUUUCAUACGUUGAGCAUGUGGAAAAAAAGAGAGGUGGAAGAAAAAUUUCAAGCUACUCAACAAAAAAUAAAUGAGGAAAAAAUAACAAGGCAAGAAGAACUAGAAAGUAAUAAGGCUUUACAAGAAGAAGAAAUAAAGGCUAGUGCUGAAUGGAAAAAGUUUGUAGCUGACAGGACAAGCAGUAUUAUUACUAGUACAACCGAGAUGAAAGCAGAUGCGAUAGGACGAAUAGAACAGAAACGAAUAGAUACAUUAGUUACGUCAGACAUCCAGAGGACACAACUCUAUGUUAAGAUGCGCAUGAUGAAUGACAGCUUUGAUGAAAAAGACAUUUCUUCUCUAGAUUCCAUAAUGCUAGAACCUUCUUUAUAUCAAAGUCAAGGUGCAGGUGCUAUUGCUAGUAUUGAAGGGCAAGCAUCAAAGUUAUCAUUAACUGCUCCAACUACAAAAGAAGGGACUUGCAAAGAUGUUACUACUAGUGAGUUAAGUCACAAACAUACCACUUCACGAAGUAUUGCUGAUGAGCUCAAGCAUAGGAAGCAUGAAGUAGAUGAGAAGUGUAAAAGUAUUUCCCAGGCAACUGCAGCAAGAAUUGAAAGCAUUGAAAAACCAGAACAUGAGCGGCUGAAGUGUGUUGGAACUGCUGAUAGAAAAGCUAUAAAGUUGAUGGAUAAGAUAGUAUCUAGAUCACAUGGAACAUUUGACCCAGGAUUCAUAGCAAGUGUCAAUAAAGAACUUUCUCCUCACAGUUGUGCUUUUAAGACACAAGCUACUGAAGACAUAGCCAAUAUAGAAUUGAAGCCAGACUAAAUCUAGCUAUCUAAGCUAGCUUUGAUAAUAAUGAUAAUUAAUACAAGUUAUCUCUAU